AAGAAAAUGAGUUGUGAUAAAGAACAUGAAUAUGUAAAAGAAAAUAAAUCGGAAAAUGCAUUACAAUAUGCGGCUCGUAAUGGUGACCUUGAAAAAGUUCGGUAUUAUAUUGAAAAUGGAUAUUGUAUUGAUGCAGGAUCCGAAACAGCUUUACAUUUAGCCUUAAAAAAUGGUCAUACUUCGGUAGCUUUAUUUUUACUUCAAGCUGGAGCUGAUUUUGAUUUACGUGAUAAAAAUGGCGACUGUGCAAUACAUAUUGCAGCUCGUGAUGGUUUAUUAGCUGUAACCCAAGCUCUUUGCACACUAGGAUGUAGUGUCGAAGUUCCUAACGCAAAGGGUUUAUAUCCUUUGCAUUUAGCUGCUCGAAACGGCCAUAUUCAUAUCGUUCGAUGUCUCUGUUGUGCUGGCUGUAACAUCGAAUGUCGAAAUGCCGAUGGUAUCCGAGCAGAUAUUACAGCCUUAAAAUUUGGACAUAAUGAUAUUGCGGAGAUUUUGGAUCGACUUCGUAAUGGCGGUCAAAGGGAUGUGUACUCGAGACAAUUGGUGCCAACCACGAAGCCAGUGACACGUUUAGCUUUACGAUUAUUUGGUCAUUGUGGUGUUGGUAAAACGUCCUUAAUUAAAUCCCUGUCGGCGGGGUUAUUCAGUAGUUUAUUUCGACGUUCGGGAUCAUUGCAAAGUAAUAAAUCUCGACCGUCAUCACCUGUAAAUACCCAAAUUGAGAUGGAUGUUACAUCUCGACAAAAUUCAUUAACAUUCGACACGGUAACAAAUUAUCAAUCAACGAAAGGUGUUUCCGUUCAACAUUUGGAUGUGUCCAAUGUUGGCGAAGUAAUAUUAUUUGAAUUUAGUGGAGCAGAAUGUUAUUUUGGCACAUAUCAUUUAUUUUUAAAUUUACAAACAAAUAAUCGUUUUAAUUAUCCGCGCACAAUUGGCAUACCAUGCGUUACAGCGGUUUUAUUUAAUUUAGAAGAUACACUAAGUACACAAUUACGACAAUGUUGUUUUUGGUUGAAUUUUUUAUUAUCCAGAAUUACUCCUGCAGAUUAUCCAGGAGGUUGUGGAAAAGUAAUUUUAUUAGCGACGCAUGUUGAUAGUGGGAGAGCCGCAAAAACUGCACAAGGUGAAUGGUUAAGUCCAGACGCACAAAUAAUUUUAGCUGAUGUUCAAAAACAAUUUGGACAUGCCUUUGAUAUCCAUCCAAAUGUAAUUGUUAUGGAUUGUAAUGUACCCGCAUCACAUGCUUUUAAACAAUUACGUGCAUAUUUAAAUGGUAUUAAACAAUGUAAUUUUCAGUAUUUUCAUGGCAGUGAAAUAUACCGAUCAUGUUGUACCGAACAAAGUGGCACAUACUAUAGUUUACUGACAUCAGAUGCGUCACUACAGAAUUCAGUCGGAAGUUGGACUGGUCUUUUAGAACAAACAUUAAUUUGGUUGAAUCAAUUAAAACGGGAUAAUGAACAUUAUCCCGUUUUGACACGAGAUGACUUUUCUAGUUUAUUACGCAGUCAAGUUAAUCUUUUAGCGUCCGAUGAUCAUAUUAAUGAAUUGUUAAUACAAUUACAUUCGAUUGGUGAAGUAUUUUGUAUUGAACAUUUCAUUGUGAUGUCUCUACCAUGGUUAGGUACCGAAUUAUUAGGUGAAUUAAUGUCAACACAAUUUUUGGCAAACGCUCGAAUUACGGGUGUUUAUACUGUAGAAGAUUUCCAAUCAACUUUCGCCCAAUGUGAUGCCUCAAAAUUAUUACAAUUAUUAGAAGCUUUACAAUUAUGUAUACAAUGUGAGGUCGAUGAAGAAGUUGAAUAUGAAUUUCCAUAUUUAAAUUUUGUGGAAACAAUACCUGGAUUAUGGGAUGCAUCGGAUCCACGAUAUCAAGAAACUAAUGCAUGUUAUGGUGGAUAUCGUUUAAAAACACCAGUUGGUACUAGUCACCUUUUAAAUUCAAUAUUUCCACAAGUACAGAUUGAAUUACGCCGAGCGACAUUUCAAGUGAUCAAUAAUAAAGAAUUCGAAUCUGAAUUAGAUUUAUAUCAAUGGUUUCAUGGAUCCAAAUUGUGUGCUGGUUUACUUGAAUGUAUGAUUACCUUAGAAGAUGAUGAUAUUUCUAAUUCUAGUCCUGAAUAUAUCGAGGUUAAAGUUCGUGGUCCAUCAGAAUCCGCACGUGAAUGCUUUAUUUUUAUUGAUGAAAUAAUUGCUAUAAUUAAUAAUACGUUAAUGAUUAUUUGUCCGGGAUUGAUAAUUGAACGCCAUGUUUUAAGUACGGACCAAUUAAAAUCACAUAGUACUGAAAUACAUUGUUGGCCGCCAGACGUGAUCAAUGCUGCAAUCCUAGAAGCUGAAUCAUGUGAAGACGUUACACUUACGAAUCCAAUCACGGAGAAAAGUGAAUCGAUCGUAGAUCUUGUUAUGUUUGGUUGUUCAACGUUAUCAACAAUUUUACAAUGGAGUUGUAGUUUAUCAUGUCGUGAUUUACACCCAGCAGUUGUAUUGCGAUUAGCUGGUUUAUUGGAUCCACCGGAUCCAUUAGGAAGAGAUUGGUGUGUUUUAGCAUUACGUAUGGGUUUACCACAAUCGGUAAUCGCUAAUUUACAUACACGUGUACAAGGGUCCAGUACGCAUAAGUUAAUUGCCAAUGCAGAUUGUACAAUAGGUUGUUUAAUAUCAAGCCUACGAGAAUUAGGUCGUCAAGAUGGUGCCGACGUAAUAUUACGAUCAGUAAUAUUAUUUCAACUGGUUUUAAACACAACGGAUACAUAUCUACAAUCUCCAUAAUUUAAAUGCCAAUUUUUAAACAAAACAAAGAAAUUAUUUUAGUGCAAAGUUUUAUACUUAAAUCUUCUAAGAAAAAUUUUUAAAACAUGAAAGAAAAUUAUUCCCUACCAAAAUUUUACAUAAAAAUCAUAU